AUGGUGGUGGCUCUUCAUGGAACUGGCAACUGGAGGUGCGUGGCAGAUGAUGGAUGGUCUCAACAUGGCUGGAUGGCACGUCAACAUGGAACAGUGGAUUGGAUGGCUCAGUCAAUGGCUUUGGUUGUGAGAUGGCUGGAUGCUCUGCCCAGUUUGAUGGUGGCACUUGUUCAAAUGGAUGGUGCUGUUUGGUUUGGGAUCCACUUUUUUCAUCAAUGGUGGCUUGCUUGCUCAUUGGACUUGGAGAAUAUGCUCAUUGGACUGGGUGGUGGAAGAAUAUGCUUAUUGGUUGGUAGUGGUGUGGUUUUUUAUUUUUAA